AAAUCCCUCGUCUUCUUCCAUCUUCCAUCUUCAGUCAAAAACCAACCCUAAUCUUAUGUCUGCUCAAAAGGUCUCUAUGCGUUCUAGAGAUUUUAUCAGCAGUAUGCCAGAUGAGGUUCUCGGCAAAAUCCUGUCGUUUGUUCCGACAAGACUUGCUGCUUCCACAACGGUUCUGUCCAAAAGGUGGAGGAACUUGCUUUCUCUUGUAGACACCCUUGAUUUCAGUGACGAGAUUGGUAACCCUGAAGGCUUCUCUGAUUUUGUGGACGCAACACUUGAUCUCCUAAGCAACUCUCACUCAAUCGUAAAAUCAUUCUCUCUGAGCUGUAAACAUGAAAAGUCUCGAGUGGACAGUUGGAUUCGCACCGUCCUUGAGAGCGGCUUCUUGGAGCUUCACUUGAAAAUCGUAUCUACGCAGUGUAUAGAAUCUCAGCUCUUCACGAGUAACACACUAGUCCAGCUUACUUUGUACGGUGGGUUUUGUUUCGAUGGCACUCUCACUCCUCCUCGAAGUGGCGUCUUUUUCCCAAACCUCAAAACACUUAAUCUCGUUUCUGUUUGGUUUUGGGAUGAUAAUAUGUUUGAGUUUCUCAUCUCGGGCUACCCCUUUCUUGAUGUACUGUUACUACAUUAUGGUGCUUCUGAUGGGCUGGGAUUGAGUUCUUCCAUUGGUGUCUCCAAUCCUUCCCUUAAGAGGCUUACCGUCUCUUACCAUUUUCUUGCUCCUGAUGUUGAAGUGUUUCGGACACCUAGUCUUGUCUACUUUGACUAAUCUAGUUACGCCACCAGACAGUAUCGUGUUAUAUUAUUCUACAUUAAUUUUGCUGUGUCUAUGCUUUCAGGGUCUUGUGCACAAAGUCACAGAAAGAUGCGGGGACGCUUGUGUUUGCAUUGCUAAGAAAAGGAAGAAAAAGAUGGAGGAGGAGGAAUUAUGCUGUUUAUCAGCAUGUCAAGUUAAAGUUCUGAACAUUUCAGGGUAUGGAGGCUCUCGUAGAGAGCUGAAACAGAUGAGGCAUUUCUUGGGAAAUUUGAAAAGUCUUGUAACCGUCAAGGUUGGUGUCAAAGCUAAGAAGACGACAAUGUUAACAAUAACUACCAGAGAAUCACCAGUGCUCUUACUAAGCUUUCCAUAGCUUCAUCAAACUGUCAAGUUUAUUUCUUCUGAUUUCUUUCUUACAAUGGAAAUCAUUUUGAGGCUUAAUGAUCUUUUAGAUGACAAACUUUACUUUUCUAAUAGACUUAUUUGUGAUCUUUGAAACCAAGCGGCUCUUUUUAGUGAUCUUUCAGUUUGAUUUCA